AUGGCAGAGGAACAAAACUUAGGAGGAGAGAAAAUUCUCUUCUAAAGAGGUGGUCACUAGCGAGAAAUCCUAGUCCCAAAGAGUUCAGAUGGAAUGGUAGUAGUUCCAUCAAACAUGAAGGGUACUGGUUUCCUUCGUAAUCUAUGGUGGACUAAUCGACCCUACAUAGGAGGAAUCAUAAAAAUGAAAGAAUUUAACGGAAUCAUCGAUACUUGCUCGCAAAUCACAGCUAAAGUCUACUCCCACAACAGAAAGAAGGAUGUUGAGGGCAUCAAUAUGGGAAUUAUUAUUGCACUAGGUCUUUCCACUGUAUUGCUUCUAUGCUUUUUCUUCCUGAUGUACUACGGAAUCAGAGAUGAUGAUGAGAAGGCUAGAAUAGCUGGCUUCUUCCUGCUUGCUAUCUCGGUAUUUAUAACUCUCGUAAUUGGAGUUGUUAAUUUCUUCCAAAAGCCAGGUAAUUACAUCCCAUACAAGGAGAUGGUCAGAAAGACUCUGCUAGCUUUCUUCGAAAGAUUGAAUAAGAAGUACGGAAACAGAGGUAUUGAAUUCGAUGUGAGGGACAAUCACUACUGGAUUGAAAUCAAGAUUAACAAAAAGAAGAAGGAAGCCUGGAGAAGAUAAAACAACUAUGAUCCCAAUCACUAUGACACUGACGAAGAAGAGGAAAGAAGAAAGAGAUCUAAUAGUAGCGUUAUUGAAGAUACUUCUCAAAAUAAUUAUGGGCCAAUGAAUACCGAAGGAGUUAUUCACACAGCAGCCAGAGACGAUGAUAACUCUAGACUUAUCAAGAUGGACAAAUAAGAUUAAUUCGAAAAGGACGAGGAUAAUGUCUCUGAGAUUCUUAAGAAAAUGAGAUGA